UAAAUGGUCAAAAAAAGAAAAAAAAUUCUAACUAAAUUAUGCAAAAGUUCAAAUGUUUCACUAAUAAAACAAUGUUUUUUAUUUUGUGUAACAAACUGACACAUAUUAAAACACUGAUCGGGUAAUUCUCGACCAUCAAGUAUCUCUUGACCGAAUAACCUUAGAUCGAUUGAAUAAACUACUCAUGACCGAAUAAUACCGACCAUACCGUAUAACCAACCAGUCAACCACAUAUAAAAAUUUGUGUCAAUAAAAUACUAUAUGGAGUAACAUAGACAUUAAAUAGAAACCCUCUGUACUAGGGAUACCUCCAAUUAUUAACAUGUAGACUUGAAAACAUGAAACAAAUGGCUCAUAUACCCCACCUAUAUAUCAAUCAAUUAACCUCUCUACUAUCAAAGUAAAAAAAAAGAAAAUAAUUCUAAAUCACAUAUUUUCUUUUCUUAGUUCAUAUAACUAUUCCAUUUACAGAUAGGCUAUUGAUUGAUAAAAACAUAGACAUAGAUAGAUAGAGAGAAAGAGAGUGUAUAAGAUAUGCUCACUUCUCCUCACCUUCCUAGCCACUUCCUUAACCUUAAAUCAACCUUGUCUCUUUCUAUUUCUUCAUAUCUAUUCACAAAUAAGCUUCAAACAAACCUUCAUAAUAACCCCAUCUGAUCUUGUUGUUCUUCAACUUCAUCUCUCUACUCAUACCGCGAUCCAAAGGUUAGAAAUUUUUUUAAGCCUAGGAUCAAUCAUCAAAGAUAACAUACAACAUAGAAUUAAGUUUUUGCAUAGAGUAAAGUUGGUUAUAGUUGGUUUCUUUGGUUCAUAAAAUGGGGUUAAGCUCAAAACAAGUUUCAAGUGAUAGGCAUGGUUGGAACCAAGCUUUGUUACAAGCUAGCACCUUAGAGCUUACUAAACCACCUCCAUUAUUAAAGAGACAAGCACCACAAGUGCAACAACAACAACAACAAGAGCCUUUGAAGUGCCCUAGAUGUGAUUCAUCCAACACAAAAUUUUGCUACUAUAACAACUACAACAAAUCACAACCUAGGCAUUUUUGCAAGGCUUGUAAGAGGCAUUGGACCAAAGGUGGCACCCUCCGCAACGUCCCCGUUGGUGGUGGCCGGAAGAAUAAGCGUCUUAAGACGUCCAAUGGCGGUACUAAGACCGCCUCGAAGGCAAACACCACCAUCACAACCACCACAAACAUAGUUAAUAAUAGCAGCACUACAAACGACAACAUUAAGGCUUUAUUACAAAGACAACAUCAUCAACAACAACAGCAACCAACAAGGUUUAGUCUUCCCCUUGGAGAAGCAUCAUCACUAAUAAGUACUCGUACAAGUACUUCUUUUGAUGAGAAAAACAGUUUCUCUGAGGCAUUUUAUCAAACACUUGUUAGGCAACCACCAUCUUCACUACCAGAAUCCUCCAUUACCUUCAACAACAAGAGCUUAAAUGAUGGGAUUUUUCUGGGUAUUUCUCAAAACAACAAUGAUCAAGAACACCUUCAAUUUCCAUACUCAAAUCUUGGAAAUUUUGAGAGUAACCCAUGUUCAAUUUCUUCAUCAAAUUUCUACAAUUAUACAGAGGAUCAUCAUCAACAACAACAAAAUCAUCAAGAUGCUGCAAAUGGGUUGGAAGAUUCAGUGAUGAAUACAAGUAAUAGCAGCUCAAUGAGUGUGAUUGAUAUGUCAAAUAAUUGGGGUUGGGAUGAUUUUGAUAAAUUUGUUUCAGUUGAAGCUGAUCUUACCAUGCCAUGGGAUGAAACAGAGAUCAAUCCACCAGCCACUUGACAGGACAUGCAACUAUCAAGUAAUAAUUAUUAAAACUUUAUAUUAUAAUUUUAUAGUAUGAUCUUACAGUAUUAUUAUAUAACUAUAAAUACUUGGAGUUUACUUUAGCUUAAUUACUGUAGUAUGUGUGUUCAUAUGGAAUUUGGGGUUAUUUAUUUUUAUUUUUUUAAAUGAUGACUUUGGAGUUUAUCUUUGAUAAAUUUGACAAUGUUUUGUUCAUUUGACUAUUGUAAUGUAAUAGAGAUUAGUGAAUAAUUAAAAUAUGCCCUCAUUUUUAAUGGGUUGUUUUUCUUAUUGUAGUAU